AUGCUGAUGUUCUUCAGCAGUUUCUUGGUCUUCGUUUACUUUGUUCAACUGUUUAUCACGGUGGCGCCUGCGGAAUACUGGUGCAAGCUGCCUCAUGUCGAGGAAAUAAGCCCGGAGAGAUUGAAAGAACUGUUGAUACCCAAGUCCAAAGCGGUGCCUUACGAAGGACAUCAGUUGCCUUACUCGAGAUGUUGGAUCUACGACGUGCCCGUUAAUAAAGUCACCCUGGUCGAUCAACUCGGCGAGGAUUGGCCCAUGAGAAAGUGCGACGAAUGGGAAUUUAAGUUCAGUCGCACUGAUGUUCCUUACGCCUCCAUAGCGACAGAGCAAGGAUGGCUGUGCGACGCAGCCUACAAGACGACCUUGGCGCAGAGUAUCUUCUUCGUCGGCGCCAUUUGCGGCGGCUUUCUCUUCGGCUGGUUGUCCGACAAACACGGCCGCAUCCCGGUGUUAAUCGGUACGAAUAUGAUGGGAUUCGUCGGCGGCGUCAGCACGGUAUUCGCCGCCACCUUCUGGCAAUUCUGCCUUUGCAGAUUCAUCAUCGGAUUUGCCUACGACAACACGUUCGUCGUCGCCUACAUCCUCAUGCUGGAAUACGUAGGGCCUAAAUGGCGAACGUUCGCGGCGAAUAUGUCGCACGGGAUAUUUUACUCCCUGGCGGCGAUGUGCCUACCUUGGAUCGCUUAUGGCAUUUCAGAUUGGAGGACCUUUGCUUUGGUGACGUCGGUGCCGUUAGCAUUCGUGAUUUUCACGCCAUUUAUUAUCCCGGAAAGUGUCAGGUGGCUCAUCAGCAAGGGCAAGAUCGAGAAGGCGGUGAAGAUCAUGACGAAGAUCGAGAAGAUCAAUCGCACGGAACUGCCGCGAGAUGUCUACGAGAACUUCUUGGACGACUGUGUGGAAACCGCCGAGACCUUGGCGGCGGAGGACUACAGCAUCGCCGCUCUCUUCAAGACCAAAAGAUUGCGAAGAACGACUCUUCUAUUGAUAAUAUCCUGGAGCGUGAUCUCGAUGGCGUACGACGGCCACAUCAGGUGCCUGGACGGCCUGGGCAUGGACCUCUUCACGACGUUCACCAUCGCCUCCUGCACGGAAUUCCCGGCGGAGGUUCUGAUCACCUGCAUUCUCGACGUCUGCGGCCGGAGAUGGAGCCUCUUCGUCGCCGUGAUCCUCUCGGGCCUCUUCAGCUUCGUCGCCGCCAGUGUGCCGCUCGGCAUCACCUUCAUCUCAUUCGCCUUGAUCAGUAGAUUCUUCAUCAACGUCGCGUCCAACAUCGGGCUGCAAUUCGCGGCGGAGUUGCUGCCGACGGUAGUGCGGUGCGAGGGUGUGGCGUUCAUCCACAUCAUGGGCCACGUGGCUACCAUCCUGAGUCCCUUCCUGGCUUUUUCCAGCAGGAUACAGUACAACUUACCCAUGAUUAUUUUGGGAAUAGUGUGCAUUCUAGCCGGCUUCCUGUGCUUAUUCCUGCCGGAGACGUUGAAGGAAGAGCUGCCGCAAAACCUCCUGGACGGAGAACUGUUCGGGAUCGAUCAAACGUUCUGGGAAACCCCGUUCACGAAGAAACGGCAACCCCCGGAGCCCAAAGGGCACUACUUGCAUGCAAAACGACCGGUCUCUCGACCUGCCGUGCUAAGAAGCAGCAUGGUAUCCGGUCAUUUGGGCAACCUGAGGAGACAUCAGGCCGCCCGUGCUAGAGCGGAGGAGAUCGGGAGAAGCGCCUUGGGUGCGGCUACUUCGCCCACAGAAUACGUCAAUUUACUCAGAAGGAGAUACGAAGAGAUGCGGAAUCAAGUGGCCGCGGCGAACGAGACGAAACUGAGCAAGCCGGCAAGCGAGGACAAAUUCGCCACUUCGCCAAAGGACGGGAAAGACAAGGACACGGCAGACUCGCAAAAAGAGGAAACGCCGAAGAGUGAGGAAGAUGAACGAUGAAAUGCGG